GGGGAGCAGGAAGCGCCUCGAGCGCGGCCUCCGCCUUCCUGCCACCCCCACGGGGACAGCGCCGGGACCCCCCUGGCGUGGCCCCCGCGCCCCGGCCGUGUCCCCGCGCUGUCCCCGGCCGUGUCCCCGUGUCCCCAUGUCCCUGGCGCUCAAGGCCCGGCAGCGGGCGAGGCGCAAGGGCGGCUCCCGGGAGCGCCUCUUCGGCUGUGACCUCCGCGAGCAUCUCCAGCGCUCGGGGCAGGACGUGCCGCAGGUGCUCCGGAGCUGCACGGAGUUCGUGGAGCAGCACGGGGUGGUCGAUGGCAUCUACCGCCUGUCCGGGGUGUCCUCCAACACCCAGCGGCUGCGGCAGGAGUUCGAGGCGCAGCGCAGCCCGGACCUGUCGCGGGACGUUUACCUGCAGGACGUUCACUGCGUCAGCUCCCUGUGCAAGGCCUACUGCCGCGAGCUGCCCAACCCCCUGCUCACCUACCAGCUCUACGACAAGUUCGCCGACGCCGUGGCCAUCCAGAUGGAGGAGGCGCGGCUGGUGAAGAUCAAGGAGGUGCUCAAGGAGCUGCCGGCGCCGCACUACAGGACGCUGGAGUUCCUGAUGCGGCACCUGCUGCGCAUGGCGGCGCACAGCGGGCGCACCAACAUGCACGCGCGGAACCUGGCCAUCGUCUGGGCCCCCAACCUGCUGCGCUCGAGGGACAUCGAGGCCUCGGGGUUCAACGGCACGGCGGCGUUCAUGGAGGUGCGCGUGCAGUCCAUCGUGGUGGAGUUCAUCCUCACCCACGUCGAGCAGCUCUUCGGGGACGCGCCGCUCCGAGGUGGGGACAGCCCCCGUCGCUCGCUGCUCCUGCCGGGGCCGUCGCCCCCCCUGCACGUCCCGGCCGCGCUCAGCCAGGGUGACGGUCCCCCCCAGAUGCGGCCCUACCACACCAUCAUCGAGCUGGGCGAGCACAGGAGCAAGGGCUCCCUCAAGGCCAAGAAGUGGAGAUCCAUCUUCAACCUGGGCCGCUCCGGGCACGAGGCCAAGCGGAAGCUGGUGAAGGCGGAGGAGAAAGAGAAGUGUGGGAAGGUCACUCUGCGGCCGGCCAAGAGCAUGGACUCACUCAGCUCCGGACCGUCCGGCGCGGACGCCGCUCGGUUGCUGCCGAAGCUGUCGGUGAAGCUGCGGCCGCAGCGGCAGCACAGUUCGGACGCGGCCCCCGCGGCCCCGGAGCCGCCCCCGGAGCUGGACGAGAGUCUGGAGGAGUCCCUGGAAGCGGCGGCCGAGAGCAGCACCAAGUCGGAGCCCACCACCCCCAAAGCCCCCCGGGCGGGGCCGGGGCCCUGCGGCCGCUCCCGCGCCGAGAAGUGCGCGGGGCUCCACAUCUCGGGCCCCUUCUCGGUCACCGUCCCGUUCCACAUCACCUCCAACCUGUCCCGCCUCACCCGCGGGCUCCCGUGCCCCGCGCUGCAACGGGAACACACCCCCGGCAGCCCCCCCGAGCCCGCCCGGGACCCCCGGCCCCGCUCCGAAGAUGCGGAGCAGACCCGCCUCUCCCUGGAGCUCCGCGACUCCUUCGCCUUCCUGGACGGCCCCGAGACGUGGCUGGAGGGCGGCGGGGAACCGGAGGCGGCGGCGCGGAGCCCCGGGACCGGGGAUGGGACCCCCGGGACCGGGGAUGGGACCUUCGGGACCGGGGAUGAGACCCCCAGGACCGGGGAUGGGACCCCCGGGACCGGGGAUGAGACCCCCGGCAUCGAGGAUGGGACCCCCAGGACCGAGGAAUUGACUACCAGGAUCGAGGAAUUGAGUACCAGGAUGGAGAAUGGGACCCCCGGGAUCGAGGAUGGGACCCCCGGGAUCGAGGAUGGGACCCCCGGGAUCGAGGAUGGGACCCCCGGGAUCGAGGAUGGGACCUUCGGGAUCGGGGAAGGGUUCCCGGCCAUGGAGGAGGGGAUGGAGAGCGGGUUCAUGAACCCAGGUGAGCGCUGGGCGGAGCAGCCGGACAGUUACCUGUCCAUCGAGGAGUGCACGGAGCAGGACAUGUUCUUCCUGGCCCCCGGCGCCUCCGAGCCCGACUCCGACCCCGACGAAAUCUUCCUGAGCGCCCACGACGAGCUCAGCCCGCUGGGGACCCCCGAGGGACCCCCGGGCGAGGGGACAGCCCUGGAGAACCUGGAGAACCUGGAGAACCGAGAGAUCCCGGAGAUCUCAGUGAUCCCAGAGACCUCGGAGAUCCCCGAGAUCCCGAAAGUCCUGGAGAUCCCAGAGAUCCCGAAAGUCCUGGAGACCCCAGAGGUCCCAAAAGUCCUGGAGAUCCCAGAGAUCCCAAAAGUCCUGGAGAUCCCAGAGAUCCCAGAGACUCCUGGGAUCCCAAAAGUCCUGGAGAUCCUAGAGACCCCAGAGACCCUAAAAGCCCUGGAGAUCCCAGAGAUCCCAGAGACCUCAGAGAUCCUAAAACUCAUGGAGAUCCCAGAGAUCCCAAAAAUCCUGGAGACCCCAGAGAUCCCAAAAGUCCUGGAGACCUCAGAGACCCCAGAGAUCCCAAAAGUCCUGGAGACCUCAGAGACCCCAGAGACCCCAAAAGUCCUGGAGAUCCCAGAAAUCCCAGAAGUCCUGGAGACCCCAGAAAUCCCGAAAGUCCUGGAGACCCCAGAGAUUCUGACCCAAACACCCCCAGAAAAGGAUUUAGGGGGGUGUCCUCCAGCCCCGCCCCUGGCAGAGCCCCCCCGGGAGCCCCCCGAGACCCCGGCCCCAAGUUCUGUCACCCCCGGGACCACCCGGACCCCUGGAGCUCCCCCCAAAAACCUGCAGCUGGCCCAGGACGAGCCCCCCAAAAACCUGGAGACCCCCAGGCCCUCGGAGCUGAUCUGGGAUGAGCCCCCCAAAAUCCCGGAGCCGAUUUGGGAUGAGCCCCCCAAAAUCCCGGAGCUGAUCCCGGAUGAGCCCCCCAAAAUCCCGGAGCUGAUCCCGGAUGAGCCCCCCAAAUCCUUGCAGCCCCCAAAAUCCCUGGAGCCGAUUUGGGAUGAGCCCCCAAGACCCCUGAAGCUGAUCCAGGACGAGCCCCCCAGAGUCUCAGAGCCCCCCAAAUCCCCGGAGACCCCCAAACCCCUGGAGCCGAUCCUGGCUGAGCCCCCCAAAUCCUGGGACACCCCCAGACCCCUGGAGCUGAUCUGGGACGAAUCCCCCAAAUCCCGGGACCCCUCGGGACCCCCAAAUCCCAUCUGGGAUGGGCGCCCCAAAUCGCUCCAGCCGAUCCUGGCUGAGCCCCCCAAAUCUCGGGACCCCCCGGGACCCCCAAAUCCGAUCCGGGACGGGCGCCCCAAAUCCCUGGGGCCGCUCCCGGCCCCCCCGCGCAGCUCCCGCCGCCCCCUCCCCAUUUUGGGGGCGCGGGUGCUGCUGGCCCGGGCCGUGCCCGUGGUGCCCCCCAAACCCCACUUCGCCCACGCCCUCCCGGGACCCCCCCAAAUUCCCCCGGGACCCCCCCAGAUCCCUCUGGGACCCAUCGGGACGGAGAUGUGA